UUUUUGCAUCAAGAGAUAUCAUUCCUGGAGAAGAAAUAACAUAUGAAUAUGGAGGCAGUGCCUGGCCUUGGAGAAAGCCUUCGUGCAAGGAUGAUGACAACAUGACCGCCAUAAAGAACUGCUCUGGGGGUUCUGUAACUACUGCAGGCAAAGCAACAGCAAAAGUUGCGAACAGCUUCCGACAACUGUAUCAGACCCGAUGACCCGAAUACAUUUCUUCAACAGCCCGGCGAACACUGGAGGAAGCCAAGUGGAAAUCCCCACAUUUGCUCCCUUUCACUGAAGAUGUUAAACGUCUUCAUGUGUAUCUUGAUGAGCUAGAGAAAAUUUACCGCAAACACUUGUCAACACAGCCAUCAUCUCAGCAUUGGUUAAAACUGGCCAAGGUUACAUUAACUCACAUACAUUCACAAAUGCCUUUGACCACAUACACCUCCAGCAACCAAUCAGACGCUCAUCCGGAUAUUAGCAUGGCCCUUACAGAGUUGGAAAAUAAACUGUGUCAAUACUUCAAGCCUAUAGAGAUCAGAGGCAAAAGAGGCAGAAAGGUUCCAGUACUUGUUACUCCUUCAAUGCAAGAGUCGAUCAGCCUGCUAAUUAAAAACCGGAGUAGGUGUGGAGUACUGAAUGAGAACCCUUUUCUCUUUGCACGUCCGUCUACAAUGACCUUUUUCAGAGGCUCUGACUGCAUCCGUGAAUUUGCAGGUGCAUGCAGUGCUAAAAAUCCUCAAACUUUAACUUCCACAAAGUUGAGGAAACGGAUUGGUAACCUCAACAGAUUAGUUCUCAAUCUGAGCAACACAGAGCUCGAUCAGCUGGCUGACUUCCUAGGCCAUGACAUUAGAGUACAUCGUCAGUGUUACCGGUUACCUGAGGGUACCCUUCAGCUGGCCAAAAUGAGCAAAAUUCUUCUGGCCCUCAAAAAAGGACGCUUGGCAGACUUCAAGGAAAGAAGUCUUGAUGAAAUCAACAUUGAUCCAGAAGCGAAAGUUACAGUGGACAGUGAUUUAGAGGAGUCUACUUCCAAUCUGAAAGAUUGCACUACAGAAUCACCACCACAGCACACUGUAUGUGAAGACAGCACACUUCCAGAAGACCAAGUGUCCAAAAAAAAGAGAGGUCACAUUAAGAGGACAGCCUGGAGCAAACACGAAAUACAUGCUGUGAAGAAGCACAUGAUCAAAUUCAUUAGGAACCGGAAAGUUCCAGGAAAGGCAGACUGCUUAAGGUGUAUGGAAGCUGAACCAUUUGCUCUUAAAAAUAGAGAGUGGUCAGCUCUGAAGUUUUAUAUUAAAAAUCGUAUCUCCGCUCUGCAAAGAAAAGAUGUAGCACGUUAAUCUUGACACCAUGUUUUUGAGUACCCUUCAUAGCGGCCGCUGAACCUGGGGAU